AUGGUGCAUAUGUCAAGUAGAAAUAUCCGGGCCAUGAACUUGCUCUUUUCCUCUUGGGCCGUAGCCUUGUUGGUGAUAGGAGUCAUUGUGGAUGAAUGGAUUGAACUGAUUCCACACACACACAAAAACAAGAUGGGCCACAGUCCAUGGAUGGUGUGUUGCACUACUAUUUGGCCAGAAGAUAACCUGAAAAUGAUCAGGAUCAUGAUGAUUUGGGUCCUCAUCCUUUCCUUCUUCCUUAACUUGAUCUUGGGUUUGGAAUCCACCUGUAUGUUUCCUCAAAGUAAAUAUGUCCACCUCAUCAUUGCCUUCAUCAGUUUCCUCUCAGGUAUCCUUCUGCUCUGUACACUCCUGCUAUAUCACCAUAAACUAAGGCAAGGUCAAACCAUGUACUUCUCUAAUUACAAGAUCAGCUGGGUCACUAUUGCUGCCUAUGUAAAUGUUAUCUUCCUUGUUACCUGUGGAAUCCUCUCUCUCCUACAGUGCAAGCAGUACACCAAUAACUGUACCUGCCUGAACAUCUGUAAAUCUGCCAAAAAAUGUAAGGAUGUACAGCAAUCUGGAGAUCCUAUCCAAGUUAUUUCAUUACCAGAACACACUGCAGUGCUUCGUAGCAUUGUCCGUAGGCACUCUGUGAACUCAGAGGAAGAUACUCUACGCAAAUCACAACUCCAAAAACGUCGUGUCACCUGGGCUCUGUGA